UGAUAAGCAAUUUUCAAAGCUUAGAAAGCAACUUUAAGAAUAUCUUUACAAAAUUUUAUCAACCUUUAAUGGCAUUGCAAAAACAUUUAAUCAACCUUUGUCCUAUUUGGAAGAAAAUUUCUAUCAAAAUCAAACUAUUGACGAUAGUGUGUUAGAUUACCUUCAACUUGCCUCGAUGACUGAAUUUUGAGCUCUUCAUAGUUAUAAUUUAUUCAAAAACUAAUUUUGUUAGCACAAUUUUGGAAAAAUGGCGGGAAAGGUGUCGAGAGCCACAAACGACCAAUGUACGCCUUACGGUGCCAGACUGAUGUUGAAAUGGAUGAAUGGUUUGGAAGUUAGCACAAAAACAAAGAUAUUCCAAGUGCUCAUUUUGUUCAUGACUUAUGUGUCCUACACUUCUUUCCACAUGACCCGAAAAGUGAUCAGUGUCGUGACCCCUGUUCUGGAGAGAGGCAGUGGCGACCAGAGUGCCUGGCCCCCCUUCGACCAGCGGGACUCCCAGGGCACCCUGAUCGCAGUGGUGGACACUGUGUUCGUGCUGUCUUAUGCCUCCGGAAUGAUGUUUGCAGGCGCCAUUGCAGAGAGAAUAGAUCUCAGAUACUUUCUGGUAGUCGGCAUGACCCUAAGUGCUUCCUUCACCGCCCUGUUCGGACUGGGACGCUACCUGCACAUACACCAGUUCCCUUUCUUCCUCCUCGUCCAGAUGGUGAGUGGAGUGGUGCAGAGCAGUGGCUGGCCGGCAGUCAUGUGUCUGGUGGGAAACUGGUUCGGCCACCACAGACGGGGACUCAUAUUCGGCCUCUGGAACAGCCACGCUCCUCUGGGCAACAUUCUGGGCUCCCUGGUCGCCGGCAUCUGGGUGGACACCGACUGGGCAAUGUCCUUUUUAGUUCCAGCCGCAAUCAUGCUCGCAGUCUCCAUUAUUUGUUUCUUUUAUGUUGUGCCCUAUCCAGACAUGGUUCACUGCAAUAGUCCAGAGUACAAGUGGUCGCAUGAAAAUGACGACGAUAGAAAUCCACUUCUGGAGGAAAAAGAAAAAACAGCAGCAGACCUCGAGGAAAGUGAAGAAAGCAAAAAACCAGCUAUUAGCUUUCUAGCUGCAAUUAAAAUGCCAGGAGUGAUGGAGUACGCCAUGUGCCUGUUUUUUGUCAAGUCUGUCCAGAACUGCUUCUUGUAUUGGCUUCCCAGUUACCUUCAAAGCAAGGCCAACUCCAGCAGCCAAGACGCAGCCAACAUGUCCACUCUAUUCGAUAUCGGCGGAAUUAUCGGCGGCAUGUUAAUAGGCGCCAUUUCGGACGCAUUCAGCGAUCGCGCUCUGGUGACUGCGGCCUCGAUCGCCCUAGCUGUACCGCUGAUGUUGAUCUACGACUCAUCUGGAAUAAACAACCUUUACAGCCUCUCCCUUUUACUACUCGUAGGAAUGACAGUCUCUGGUCCGCCAACUUUAAUAACCACUGCGGUCAGCGCCGAUUUAGGAACUGAGAAGACGUUGCGGCACAACUCGCGGGCGCUGGCUACUGUCGUAUCGAUCAUAGACUCUGCAGGUCACUUUGGAUCCGCGAUAGGCCUCACACUCUGCUUCAUCAUGGACUACCAAAAAGUGUUCUACCUUCUAGUGGCGUGUGAUUUAGUCUCGCUGCUGUUUCUAACUCGGCUCAUUAUUAAAUCCGUCAAAUGUUUGAUAGGCAAAUGGAAUUGUGCGCCGAGCAGUCACAACUAAGAACUGAUGGACUACUACAGGCAUGAGUCCAUACGUUUUCAGUCCAAUUCACCCGACUUUCUAAUCGAACCGAAUAGUGUUGGUUCACAGUAUUCUACGCAUGGCAAUGUUUGCCAGAAGCGUUCUUGUUCUUUCAGGUGCAGUCACACACAAUGCUGAAUUAAAUUAACCGGAAGAAAGGAUCAAAUUGGAGUUUUUAAAUGUACUUUUUUCAAAUUGGUGCAAAUUUAGAAAAAUAGUCGUCAGAUAAAAUUUGCUUAGAAUUUUGACAUGGUGAAAACUUUU